UCCUUUACUUGAAAAGAACAGGCUAAACAAAAAUCUAGAGGUAAAGAGAGAAAUAAAGAUGGAGAUUGUCACAGUAGCACUUAUAGCAAUUGUUUUCACUACUUUCUUAUACCUGAUUGUUAGAGAAUCGAGUCCAAAAGGCUUGCCACCAGGUCCAAAACCCUGGCCAAUAGUCGGAAACCUUCUUCAACUUGGUGAGAAACCGCAUUCCCAAUUUGCCCAACUUGCUGAAACCUAUGGAGAUCUCUUUACACUCAAACUAGGAACUCAAACAGUUGUUGUAGCUUCAACACCAUUAGCAGCCAGUGAGGUUCUAAAAACACAUGAUCGUACUCUCUGUGGUCGAUACGUGUUCCAAAGUUUCCGCGUAAAAAAACAUGUUGAGAACUCUAUUGUUUGGAAUGAAUGUAAUGAAACAUGGAAGAAAUUGCGGAAAGUUUGUAGAACACAACUUUUUACACAAAAGAUGAUUGAAAAUCAAGCUGAAGUUAGAGAAAUAAAAACAAUGGAAAUGGUGGAGUACUUGAAGAAAAAUGAAGGAAUUGAAGUGAAAAUUGUUGAAGUUAUAUUUGGUACAUUAGUGAAUAUGUUUGGUAACUUGAUAUUUUCACAAGAUAUUUUUAAGUUGGGUGAUGAAAGCAGUGGAAGUCUAGAAAUGAAACAACAUAUAUGGAGAAUGCUGGAAUUAGGAAAUUCAGCAAAUCCAGGCGAUUAUGUUCCACUUUUGGGUAGUUUAGACUUGUUUGGACAAAGAAAAGAUGUUGCUGAUUGUCUUCAAGGGGUUUAUGGUGUCUGGGGUGCUAUGCUUAAAGAAAGAAAAAUAGCCAAGCAACAGAUUAAUGGCGAUACGAAGAAUGAUUUUGUUGAUGUUUUGCUUGAUUCUGGACUUGAUGAUCAACAGAUCAAUUCCUUGCUCUUGGACAUGUUCAGUGCGGGAACAGAGACUACUGCAUCUACAAUAGAAUGGGCCUUAACUGAGCUGACAAAAAACCCUCAAGUAACAGUCAAUAUCCGAUCAGAAUUGUUGUCUGUGGUAGGAAAGAGGACGGUCAAGGAAUCUGACAUACCUAACCUGCCAUAUCUUCAAGCUUUUGUUAAAGAAACUCUGCGGCUUCAUCCACCAACUCCGUUGCUAAUCCCACGUCGAGCACUUGAGACGUGCCAUGUUUUGAACUAUACGAUCCCAAAAGAGUGUCAAAUAAUGGUGAACGCCUGGGGAAUAGGUAGAGACCCAAAAACGUGGACCGAUCCAUUGAAGUUUUCACCAGACAGGUUCUUAAACUCGAGCAUUGACUUCAAAGGGAACGACUUCGAGUUGAUACCAUUUGGUGCGGGCAGAAGGAUAUGCCCUGGGGUGCCCUUGGCAACUCAGUUUAUUAGUCUAAUUGUGCUUGCUGUCCUCCAGAAUUUUGAUUGGGAACUACCGAAGGGAAUGGAUCGUAGCCAACUGAUCAUGGAAGAGAAAUUUGGGUUGACACUGCAGAAAGAACCACCUCUCUAUAUUGUUCUUAAAACUCGGGAUUAAUUUUAGAUUCUUAUUCAAGGAAUCAGAAAUUCACCUGUCUAGUGUAUCUUCUAUCAGUGUAAGGUGUUUGUGUUUGUGUUUGUGUUUUUUUUUUUUUUUUUUUGCUUUUUUUUUGUUGUUGUUUUUUUCCCCGAAGCAAGUGUAUUGUGUUGAAUAUCCGUAGUAGUUUGUAUGCGUGCA